ACCUUUUUUCAUGUUUACUUUUUAAAUUAUCAACGUUAACAGUUUGUUGAUUAACCAUGAUUAUCAUUCCAAUAAUGAUACAGAUCAUAAUCUUCAUGAUAAUCAACCAAUAAAUGCAAAAUAGAUUCACCAAUAGUUCACUUCUAGUUCCGUGAUUAUCUCGACACUAUUUAUCUCUCUAUUUUUUUCUUGCUCUCCUUUUCUCUCUAACCACUGAUCAUCCCGAGAGAUUUAUGGUGACACCAUAAUCAUCAUUAGUUAAUCUCCCUCUUUUUUAGUUGAUCUUUUUUUUCCUCUAUCACUUUUCUGUAUCAUCUUCACCCAACACCAGCAACAACACUAUCAUCAUCAUCAUCAUCUUCCAACUCUCUUCCUAAAUUUUUUUCCUCUUCCCCUAAAUGAGAUUAAACCAACUACUACUACUGCUACUAAUACAUGUAUCAUUUUAACGGAUUAUCCGAUAACCACCAAGAAGAAGAGGAUAGACCAGGACAUUGAGAAGAAGAUGAAACAAAUUUAACUUUAUUCUUGAUAUUGAGAACAGUUUUUUUCUUAUAUUCCUAUUCUCUACCUUUUAAAUUGUAUGAACAAGUUUCAUGUUGAUUUGUUGUUUAUCAACAUUCAACGAUUACCUUGAUUAUCUUGGUGACUUUUUCUUAGAUAUUCAUUAUAUUUAUUACACUGUGAGUGUUAAUAUCUAUCAUCUGUUAAUCAACCUGUAACCUCAUGGAUAGUAAAUUGAAUACGAUUUAUGUGGUGAUGUAUUAGUCGUUAAUCCAUGUUUCUUACCUAACACCUAAACCAUUAAGUGGGCUCACUUACCAUCAACAACAACAACAACAACAAUUAACAUCAUCAUCUCUCCUUUCAUCUGGAGUCAAUGUUAACCACAAUUAAACCUGUUACCAUUUGAUUAACUUUAAUUGUUAAUUGAUAUCUACCUCAUCGAGUUCAUCUAUGGCUUAGAUAGGAAAUUGUGCCUUUACCCAAGAACCCAAAUUCGGAUACAAGUUUAUUGUGUUAAUUUACUGUUUCUCUCUCACUGCCUGUCGUUUAUAUUUUAAAUCUCCAAUCAUCGGACUUUCUCCUGAUUUAUUUUGUUCGGCAUUUAUAUAUAUAUAUAUAUUUAUAUGUUAUAUAUAAUAUAUAAAUUACGUUAAUCGUUUUUUGAUUUAUUUUUGUGUUGUGUUGAUUAAGGGAGAAAAUCAAAGUAAUAGGUCCCACAUACAUAAAGUUAUCGUUAAUUGAGAGUUAAAUAUGCGUCAACUUGAAGAAGAAGAUGAUACUCAAGCAACAUGUCCCGAAGACUCUAAUUUAACUACAUUAAAUGUUAACUGCCGCGGGCUAAAUGGUCGAGAAGAUGGUAUCAAUGGUAUUCCUGGUGAGAAUGGGAUACCUGGUGUUAUCGGUGGCUUAGAAUGUAACAAUCAUAACAUGUUAAUGAAAGGGAAAACAAAUUCGUCAUCUACAUCAAUCAAUACAACCACUGGGACAAUACAUUCUGGUCCACCGGCUAUUUUACCAACAACACCAACAUCAACAACAACAGUUACAAAUACUACUACUACAACAAAUAUGAGGAAAACUAAACGAUCACCUAAUGAAAGACGAUUUAAAUGUGAUCAAUGUGAAAGAAUGUUUUUCACCCGUAAAGAUGUUAAACGUCAUUUGGUUGUACACACUGGAGUUCGUAAUUACGCUUGUCCUUUCUGUCAACAACGUUUCGGUAGGAAAGAUCAUUUGGUUCGUCAUGCCAAGAAAAGCCAUCAAAAGGAUACUCGAGCUUCAGCAGCUUCGACAGCAAAUAUAACAGUUUCUUCACCUCCAAUUGGUACUACAACCAAUAACAACAAUAAUUCACCGAUAAACCAUCACCAUCAUCGACGAUUAACUUUCACCCAUAGUCAAGUUCAUCAUGGUUUAUCUGGAACACCAACAAUUAACCAUCACCAUCCAGGACGUAUGAUUGUUAAUGUUAAUAACAAUCUUCACAACAACAACAACAACAAUAAUAAUAAUACCAAUGGCAGUGGUAAUAAUGCUAAUCUCUCGCCAUGCAAUUAUUCAUCAUCAAAUUUGGGCCCAGUUAUGGAUCAACCAUCAUCCAUUAUGCUUCUAGGUCCAGGUCCGGGUGGAAAUGUUAACGGAACUGGAAGCAGCAAUAGUAAUGUUUCAAGUUCAUUAAACAAUUGUUCAACCAAUGGUACAAUUAACGGUUGUAAUACUGUAAAUGGAAAUGGUGUCAUUAAUAAUAAUCACCAUGAUCUUUGUUAUCCAGGAAACACAAAUCAUCACAAUGGAUCAAUGGCCUCUUCAAUAAACGAUGGUCACUUUGGUGCUCCAACACCAAUGGGACAUCAUUCAUCUUUAUGUGAAACAACCUCACUAUUUAACAACGGCAGUCACUAUUUUAGUUUAGGAGCGGGUCCAACUCCAUUCAUGAAUCCAGCUUAUAUAACUAAUUGUUUCGGACAUAUAACAGUCAAUCCAAAUAACUCGAGUUCUCAAGGGUUAACUAGUGUACCAACAAUGUGCUCAAACGAUCAAACAAACUCAGUUAGCUGUACCAAUGCUCUAACCCAUUUGGAUGUCAAUCUAUCAAAUCAUCUUCAUCAUUUUAAUCAAGUUUUUCAGUGAGAAAAUUAAUCAACAAUCAACAAAACUAUCUCCUUAUUAUAUCGUUAGCUCUCUCUCUCUCUUUCUCUCUUUCUCUCUGUCUCUCUUACACACACACACACACACAAACACUUUCUACCUCUGAUAAUUUCUCCAUUUUAACUUGUCUAUUCCAUCCAAGGAUAAAUAUACGAGUUAACAAUUAGCAAGAAAACAUCACAAUCAAAACAAUUUAAAGUAAAUUUGACUUCCCACUAUGACAAAUAACCUUCUACCUCAAGAUUGAGUUACAUGGAAAAAAACUGUUUCUCUUUUCUUAUUCUCAUCAUUAACCACAACUCUCAACUACCUCUAACAAUUUAUCAUCCAAUUAUUCAAAGGUACAAUUUACCUUGAAAUUGACGCAACUUUCGAUGUUCACCUACACAUUAAUCAUCAUCAUCAUCAUCAAACAACAACAACAACAACAACAACAACAACAACGUAUUUCACUUAACCUCAAAGCAUAAAGAAAAAAAAAUCUACCUCAUUUUACUCAAAGAUUAACGAGACAUGUGCCAUCUCAAUUAUAACUAUUGUUAUACUACCUCAAUACGGAUGGAACUUGAUCAACUUCAAUUGAUUCAGUUUUGUUGAUUGUAAACUUUGAAUUGAUCAGAUUAUCAAAUGAUAAUCGUCGAAAACAUAAAAACACAAUUGGUGAUAAAAAAAAACAACAAAAAAACCCAUCGAAAAUACAUCGAUUAUCAAGUAUAUAUUAACCUCUUAUAAAGACACACAAAAACAAAGACACAUAUACACACAGGAACGAAACUACCUCAACGAAAUUGACCUAAUUUUAUAAACCAACUUCGUCCUUUGCGAAAAAAAAAUAUCACAAUCGAUAUUUGAAUGAAAUCAACUACCUCAAACUUUUUGGUCUCUUUUACAAUUUUCCUUGGAAAAGAUCAACCAUGAAAAACACCAUAAUAUUGAUAAAGGAAGAUGAAGAUAGAAGUAAAAAAGAAAACGAGAUUGUUAUGAUAAUUGUUGAAGUGAUUUAAUCAUGAAGAGAGAUGAAAAGUUCAGUUUUAAUUGCCAUUGUUAAUCAAUCAGCUAUUAAUAGUUUUCUAUAUACUAAACUAUUUGUACAAAAAUUUAUCGAAGAUAAAACAAAAUCUCAUUGAAAAGGGUUUAGGAUUAUCUAAGAUUAUCGAAUAUGUUUCAUUGGAAAUUUCUGUUUUUCUUUUCUCUGAUCUAAUCUUCCUUUCUCAUGUUAUAAUUAUUGAAACUAAUUAACUAUCAUUAACGAUUUUAAUCUAAUUAUUUUUUUUUCUCGUCGAAACAAAAGGAAAAUCCAUUUUAUUUGUUUACAACCUUUUCUCUUGCCUCUUUUUGCCAAUAUUAACCAUUUAAUCAACAUUGUAAAUCCCAAAAUGUUGUCAAUUUUUUGCUCUACCUCAACUUUUUGUUUUCAAUUUAAAUUGUAAGUGGUUGACAAUGUAAACUUACAAUUAAUUGUUUAAUGUAAAUCUCCAAUCAUCGCUACAAUCAAAUGAUUUUAUUCUGAAACAACAAACAAACAAAUCAACUUCUAAUUGUGUAAAGAUACGUUUCAGCAUUUUGAGUCAAAUUUGAAAGAAAAAACUUCUUUUUUGUUUCUUCUCUCGAUUCUAAUCUAUUUUAAUGCCUUACCUAAAUUUUUGCUCAACAAUUGUUACAAUUAAUUAAUUAGUUAAUUAACGAAGAAAAGUUAAUAAUAGGAACAUUAUUAAGUAUUCUAAUUGCUCAAAAUGCUUGUAACUUGUCUUCUUCCAUCUUCCUAUUAUCUAUCACUCUCUCUCUCUCUCACUCUUUUUCUCUCUCAUCUCUCUCCCUGAUCAUGAUAAACCGUAAAUUAAUUGUGAUUCAAUUAGGAAAUUAAUGAACUAUAUUAUAAUUUGAAAUGACUGAAUUGUUAUCAACAGGAACCACAACUCUACACCUUGAAAGUUAAUGAUGUUUCUUGAUUGAAAGGGAACAUUAAUAAGACGAAAAGGACGAGAAAAAAAAACUCUUUGGAAUCAAGAAAAUACACUCAACCGAACUCACCUAAAGUGCCGUAAUUGAAUUGAUAUAAAACUUCAGGAAAAAGAAAUUAGCAAAAUUAAUUAGCCAAAUAACAAAUCAAAAGGGAAAAGUUUUAGCAUUGGUCAAGAAAUUAUCAUCGUAAUUGUCAACCGUCAACAAGUAAUCAAGAUAAUCUUCUCGCUCUGUUAAUCUCUUAGCAAUUGUUUUCCUCUUCACUCAUAUUCAUGUUCACUAAUUCCCAUUGAAUGUUGUUAAAUGUUAUUGAUACAAAGUUUGACCACUAACAUGAUGAUAACUGAACAACAAGACACUCACAACCAUGAAUACCUCACAAUCAGAACCAUGAUUACAAUGUAAUUAAGUGUCUUAUAUUAUAAUUUCAUCUUUGUAUUACCCUCCGAAUAAGUUUCCUCCAAAAAACAAAACAAAACAAAACAAAAUGGUUCUAUUUACCUCUCUAUCUGAGUGUUAAAUCACUAUUUUAAUCAAUCCUUUAAUUUCUGAUUCUUAAAUUACCUCAACAAACAAUUUGUCUUAAUUGCUGAUUUGCCAUAACUUUGUUCAUCUCUGCCAACAUUUAAACCGGUGUAAUGAUUAUUAUCAUAAUUAUUAUUAUAUUAUUAUUAUUAUUAUCUUAUUA